UUCCAAGUUCAAAAUUCGAAACCACCAUAAAUUCCACCCCCAACCCACCGUUCCGGCCGCACCGCAGGCAGAAGCGCACGCCCCCCUCGCCGCAGUUCCACCUCACCCCACCCGCCCACCCGAACCCCGAGGAGCGGCGGUGGCGACGGCGGCGGAUUCGGCCAUGGUGCGGUGCAGCAACGGCCUUCUGGGCCUCCUGAACGCGGGCGUGCUGGUCCUCGCCGUCGUCGCGCUGGGCGGCGGCGCGUGGCUGAGCCACCGCGCGUCCACCGACUGCGAGCGGUUCCUCGAGCGGCCCGUCAUCGCGCUGGGCGUGCUCCUCCUCGCGCUCUCCCUCGCGGGCUUGGCGGGGGCGCUUUGCCGCGCGUCCUGCCUCCUCUGGCUCUACCUCCUCGCGCUCUUCCUCCUCAUCGUGCUCCUCUUCGCAUUCACCAUCUUCGCCUUCGUCGUCACCAACCGCGGCGCCGGGUGGGUCGUCUCCGGCAGGGGGUACAAGGAGUACCGCCUCGGGGACUACUCCACCUGGCUGCAGCGGAGGGUCGAGAACGACGGGAAUUGGGCCAAGAUCCGGAGCUGCAUCCAGGACGGCAAGGUCUGCCAGAAGCUUGGGGACAGGAAGGAGACGGUCACCCAGUUCGUCAACAGCAACCUCUCCCCGAUCCAGUCUGGAUGCUGCAAGCCACCGACCGGCUGCAACUUCACCUACCAGAGCGAGACUUUCUGGAUCAAACCUGCUGGCUUCAACACUACCACCGAUGAUCCCGACUGCACCACAUGGUCGAAUGACCCAACCACGCUCUGCUAUGACUGCAUGGCGUGCAAGGCCGGCGUGCUCGCCAACCUGAAGAACGACUGGAAAAAGAUUGCCACCGUCAACAUUGUCUUCCUGAUCUUCCUCAUCGUAGUCUACUCUGUGGGGUGCUGCGCGUUCAGGAACAACCGGCAGGACAACUCGUACCCGGCCUGGAAGUAAGGUGCGCCUGGCUAUGUAUAGGUUGUUAGGUUGUGUAUCUGCGUCGCGUUGUUACCAUGUCUUUAGCGUGUGGGAUUAUGUGUCAACCGUCAGUAGUUGAUGCUUGCUAGUAUGUUGCUCUCGAACGCGCAUGAUGUGUGAAUGCUUCUAAUCAAGAUAUGUCGAAAAUUUGUCUGCCCACCAGCUGUUCUGGGCUUGAGUUUUAACGCUUCUAUUCGAAAUUUCAGU